AAGUUAGAGUAUCUCGUGCAUUGGAAGGGUUACCCUCGUGAAGAACGGGAGUGGUUGUCGGCCUCCGAACUUAGAAACACUCCUCAAGCCAUUGCCGAUUUUCACCACAAACAUCCUGCAGCACCACGUCCUAUGCCAACAAUGAGAUUGCGUUUCCAAGCGCUCGAGAACCUAACUGUACCAACACGAGUUCCACAUCAGCUGUUCAAUUGGGAGGAUGGAACAUUCGAACGGGACCUUCAUUGGUCGCGGGACGCGACCAUUUGA